GGAUGAGUGUGGAGGAGGCAGGCGCGGAGCUCCUCACUGCCUGGAUCAGGAAUUCAGGGCUGGGAAAAUCGAGCCGAGUCAUCCCACCUGGCGACCACCCCGGAACAGCGGAGCUCAGAGUAGCCCCCGGGACUGCGCUCUGGCCGCACCUGCCGCACUUGACCACGUGACCGCCGCAGUCCCAUGGACCAAACACAGAGAAGAAUCCUGAGCGAGCCCCUGCUGAUCCCCCCCGCCCCACCUAAGAAGAAAAGGACGUCUAUGGUGUCUUUCUUUUCCAAGGUCUCUUGGACACUGAGUCUCCAGAAGCAGGAGCCUCUGAAGAACGUGGUUUUCAUCUUGGCAGAAAGAGCCCAGGACCCCAAUGCUAAAAAGCGUCACAUGGCAAUGAGAGGCCUGGGAGCGAUGGCCUCAGAGACCCCUGACAAGGUGAAAAAAUAUAAGACAAUUGUCCUAGACUUGCUGGUGCAUGGACUGUAUGACCCUGUGAGUGCUGACGUCAUCCAUGAGAGUCUGAAGACUCUGACCAUCAUCCUGGGCAAGUUCCAGGGGAAAAGUUUGGGCUCUUUCUUCAUAGACAUCACUCUUCAGACCAGGACUUUACUAGAUGAUGAGAAUGACAACUUGAGAUAUUCAGCCUUUAUCCUCUUUGGGCAAUUGGCGGACUUCGUUGGGUGGAAAUGGAAGAAAUUUUUCACCGGUCAGGUUAAGCAGACCCAAGAUUCCCUCCUGAUACAUUUACAGGACAGAAACCCCCAGGUGGCCAAGGCUUGCAAAACAACAUUUCGAGCCUGUUCUCCAUAUCUGAAAGAAAGGAAGGAAUACAGCUUCCAGAGUGAAGAAGAUCAAAGGAACCCUAAACUCAGCCGGCAGCUGCUGCCAUGUAAGAAGUCAGAUUACCAGGAACAAAGAAGAAUGUCUGAGAUCAUCAUUUUGGAGGGAAAAACCAAGCUAACCACAUGCGAUGCCAUGUGGAGGAGAGCUGAGGAACUCAACCUACCAUGAAGUCUGAGGUCCAGACAAAUGAUACAAGUUGGCCGUUCCAGCCAGUCCCCAGGUGUUCAAGCCACCCCACCUGAUGCCACGUGGCAAAGAGAUGAGCUAUCUCCACGAAGCCCAUCCCAAAUUGCAGAAUCGUAAGCAAGUUAAUCAAAUCAUUGUUGUUUUAACUCACUAACUUUUGGAAUAGUUUCUCUCUCAGCAAUAAGUAACCAAAAGCAAUUCCUUAUCAUUCAUUUGUCUUUUGGCCAGUUUUGUUUUGCUCUUGAUAAGUCCUCUUCGAGCUUAAACUACAUUUCUAGAAGGUAAUCAUGGAGUUCCAUGGUGAAAGCAGGGAUGCCUUGCUUUUGUACCACAAGCCAUGCCUGUUUGCCUUUUUGUAUCUCACCGUAUGUAUCACAGCACCUAGCACAUAGCAGAUGAUCAAGAAAUAUUUGCUGAAUGACUAAAUAGUUCCAAAUUAUAGUGGGAAGAGAGUCCAAACUAGUUUGCUAUUCUGGGCUCUCAGCCAUGGGUUCACACUCUUCCCUUCCAGCUUUUUCUUCUGUUACUUUUUUUCUUUAGUCAAGAUUUGCUCCUCUCUCUUCUCUAAACACUUCUUGGUCUCUUAUACUCCUUCGCCUUUGCUCAGUCUAUUCUUUUUGCUUCAAAUUCCCUCCCUUGCCUAGCCAUGCAUACUUACACACACACACACACACACACACACACACACACACACACACACACACACUUCAUAUGUAUAUCUUAUGCCUCCUCUAAGACUGAUCAAUGCCUGAUCCCCUCAAUCAGAUGCGAGUUCAGCUCGAAUCUCUGAACUCCCAGAGCAUUCUAACAAUCUUAGCCACUUGACAUGUUUUAUCUCAUUUGCAAAGUUUUACCUACAUGUCUUUUCACCCCGUUAGAUUGAAGCUGCAGAAGAAAGGAUCCGAUCGUGUAUAGCUUUGUAACUGUCACAUGACCUCAAAGGCACCCAGGAGGUGCUUAGUAAUUAAAUGUUGAUUGGGGAGAAAAAAGUCAGAAAGUUAUCUGAAGCUACUACUCUAUCAGAGAAGCCCAUUUUGACAAAUAAGGGGCCUCAUUUCUCUCCUCAUAACCAAACUGCAGGUUCCCUUUAUGCUCAUAUCUUUAAAGUAUCCCUUUUGCCAUAAGAUGCCUAUUAAUUUGCCAGUCUAGAGGUAAUGCUUUGACAUUUCUUAUUUUUAAACACUAGGUAUAGAACAGUUGAGUGAAUUAAAGGAAGAAAAAGGAAUGUUCUAGUACUAUCACGCUAAGUGGUCAAGGGAGAGGUAUGCAUAAAACUUGGUCCCUGCUUUCAGGUUGUUCACGACAUGGAUCUUUCUUAAAGGGAUGGAGAAAGGAGAGGAAGGAUAAGGAAGUUGAGAAUCUAACAGGUGAUUGGUACCCAUACUCAGUGUCAACAGAAUCCAGUGGAAUUCCAGUCCAUAGAGUAAUUAAUGCUUCACACGAGUGAAUAAAAAACACUCGGGUGUGUUGUAUAAAGAGAGAAAGAGCAGCUGUGUAGGACAGCUAGCAGAUAGUGCUAGAAAUAAGGCAGAUACGUAUCUGUGCUUUUCUGCGUUUUCCAAGUUUUCUGCAAUAAGCCAUGCAUUACUUUUGUAAUUCCAGAACACAUGCAAAAACGCUCUUUCAAAUAAAAAUGAAAUGCUUAUUGGUGUGUAUUGUGGUCUGCUUUGGAAAGACUGGGGUGGUUAUUGCUUAUUCGUGUUUACCUUUGGCCUUUUGUGUCAUUUUUGUUUUAGCCUAUUGAUAACAAAUAAAAUGGCUUAUGGUUGAUUAUCAUUGUA